GCAAUUGAAGCAAUCAAUGACAUGGGAAAUGAUGUUCGGGUGAACUGUUGGGUGUUUUUCACUGCACAGAACAACACAGAGCUGCUGCCAAGACUCAAUCCUCGGAACACUUGGAUAGACAAAAUAGUGGCAGUUGGCCUUGCUGGUGAGUUUAAUAAAAUUAACACUGCUGAUAACUCAACAGCUGUGAUUGCGCUUGAGCAAAGAAAAGGAAAAGGUUGGCACAUAGGCAUUGUAACUUUUUUCCUUCUGUCCUUUCGAAUGUGGCGCUUAUUUCGUCAUUAUGGUGAUUAUAUGAGCAACGAAUACAACCUUUUCGUCAAUUUCUUUUAUCGUGAAUAUUAUGGUAAGGCACGAGAAAAGAAAGCGAACCGUGACAAAUUUGAAUGA